AUGGCAUGCUCACUUUCUACAACUCUUGUGUCAAAUUCUCUCCACCUUAACAGAACCACAAAUCAGUGUCGGUUGCUUGUACAUCCCACCCUUUCACUCAACCAAAACCUUCCCAUAUAUUCCAAGAAUCUUCCCAAACUCUUAACAACUCAAUACCAUGAAACAACCGCACGCUUUGCUUCUAGCGCUGCAGGAGUAGAGUCUUCCGUGUUGAGUGAGGAUACCACGAGUUCUCUGGAUUCGGUGAAAGUGUUUGAUUUGAAAGGAAACGAGAUUCCAAUUUCUGACUUGUGGAAAGAUAGGAAAGCCGUUGUGGCAUUUGCACGCCACUUUGGGUGCGUGUUGUGCCGCAAAAGAGCUGAUUAUCUUGUAUCCAAGAAGGAUAUAAUGGAUGCAUCUGGUGUGGCACUUGUAUUGAUUGGACCUGGGAGCAUUGAUCAGGCCAAAUCCUUUGCCGAGCAAUCAAAAUUUCAAGGAGAAAUAUAUGCUGACCCCACUCACUCGUCAUAUGAGGCCUUACAGUUUGUUUCAGGAGUUUUAACCACAUUUACCCCCAAUGCAGGUCUCAAGAUAAUACAGCUAUAUAUGGAAGGUUAUCGACAAGAUUGGAAACUUUCAUUUGAAAAGGAUACUGUUUCCAGAGGAGGCUGGAAACAAGGAGGAAUUAUAGUUGCAGGCCCGGGGAAAAAUAACAUCUUAUACCUUCAUAAAGACAAAGAAGCAGGAGAUGACCCAGAAAUUGAAGAUAUCUUAAAAGCAUGUUGCUCGUGA